ACCUCCCCCCUCCCCCUCCUCCUCCCCCCUCCCCUCUCUGUCCCGUCUCUCACUCCCGCUCCCUCUCGGAGAGGCGCUGUUUUGGGAGCCGCUGCCGCCUCUCCGGGUUUGCGCUGAUCCGGAAGGCGCCGAGCGACCGAGUGCAGUGGAAAGCGAGAGUCGGCGGCUCCUCCGACCCACCAUGGGCACCUACGGGCCGGCCAACGAGAAGCUCCGCAACCUGGAGGAGGUCGAGAAGGAGAUCGCGCUCAUUCUGCAGAAAAUAAGGAACCGGGGAUCAGAACGCAAGAGUAAUCUAGCAGGACUCAUAGAAAUCCCCACGACCCAGUGGACCUGCCUCUCAGGGGUCUUGGUGACUGUGGAGGAUGGUGGAUGCACUAGCAAUUUGCCAGCGCCAUCCUGGAGAUUGUCGAAGGAGAAGCCGACGGAACGAACGCUGGACCGCCACGCCUCCCAGUUCAAUGCCUCCGUGCAGCGGGUGGAGAUGGAGCUCUCCAGCCAGAUCCGCUACCUCACCCAGGUGCUACGGGACAGCCCUCACGAAGGUUCCAGCUACUCAGCUCGGAAGGCAUGCCAGAUGGCGGUGAACCGCGUGGAGUACACGCACGUCAAGGUGCGGGACCUGGCCAGGACCUGUGACCAGAAUGUUGGAGCAGCCGUGAUCCGGGAUUGCACGCGCCGUCUGUUCUGUCUUCGCUUCUCGCCUUGGCAGGGACUUGUCACCCCGCGUGGACGUCUGUGUGUGUUCCACAGCCAUGGCCCCUGGCCAACGGUCUGGUUACUUCAUCGCUGCUUUUUGGUCUGUUCAAACACUUGGAACGGUGCGGGUCCCCUUCACAAUGUGGGGGGUUGGGGGGGAGGGGGGGAGGGGGAGUGGGAGAGCUCUGGGCAGGACAGAGGGGCAGCUUCCAGCUUUGUAACUGACUGAGGGCCCCUCCCUCAACACGUGACCUGCUCCACGGUGCCCCCCUCAGCUCAGUGCCCCUCCUCCUGUUCCCCCCUGCCUGUCCCUCCCUCUAUUCCUCUCUCACUGUGGCCCUCCAACUCUCCCCUCCCUCCCUCCCUCACCUCUGCCCCUCCCUCCCUCCCUCACCUUGCCCGUCCCUCUCUCCCCUCCCCUUCAGAGGUCAGGCGAAUGAGGGUUCAGGGUGAAGAGAUUAGAUGUGUGGGGUAGAAGGGUUGGGGGGAGG